UGGAAACAGCCGAACAGGCGGGUACUAUGCAGAGAACGAAACUGUUCAUGCCCAGAAUCUCACCAAAGUACAAUCGCUAAAAAAGUAGAUCCGCGUUUUCAAGUUUUUCAUUAUUCGGUUUAGCUUUGCUAUGGUUGAAUCUGGCAUGUCUUUUUAGUUUUCUGACAAUUUCUACUUGUUUAAAAUGGAUGUGGACUACAACUUCGACGAGGAAAACUGGGACGAGGAAGCUUGGGAUAAUGAUUUCGACGAUGACGAUUAUGAUCCGUCCAUGGAUCCGGACGAUUUCAACGUUUGCAGUUCCCAAGGUAGCAGUAGUCAAAAUUCUUCCUCUGCUUCAUCCAGGCCUGCUCAAUCACGGAAUGCUGCAGGAACAAGUAGUGGUGAUGGUACCACUCGUCGUGGUCCAGAAAGUAGCCGAAAAACGGAGAUAAAAAAUAUCGCAUUAUCGAGCGAAUCAAUAAAAAAAAUCAAGGAUACUUUGAGAUCGAUUCAUGGAGAAAAUUUCGAUUUAAAAAGCGCCGUUGAACCUCCGAAAUCGAGUAAAAGAGAACUAAGUCGUUCGUAUUGGAUGGAUCAGGGUCAAUUGGUGGUUCGAAAUUGUUACAAUUAUGCUCAGAAGAGUGCUGUGUCGAGAGAGAGUGUGAAUAGAUUCGCUUUAGAAAAUUUAGAAUUGUAUGGAUUUUACUCCAAUCACUGCUGCGAAGCUCUUACACUUGGUGGUAACGAAUUCGAAAAAGCACUGGAAUUGCUUAUCAGUUUUUAUUUUGGAGCAGCUUUUAAAAGAUUGAAUGAACCAGUUACCUAUAUGACGGAGAGAGAAGACGAAAUGGUUGCUUUGACAUCUAUAUACGACGAUAAAAUUUGUGAAGAACGAGUAAAGAAUAAGCAUUGGGUUUUUCAUCUUGAAAUACCGAGCUUGGGACAGUGGCAUUUUAAAAAUAACUACAACAGAAGCUCUAAUUCGUCUCAUGAGAGGAAACGUUACGUUUGUCGGACUUUCGCUGCUAAAGGAACUUGCAAAUGGGGAUCGAACUGUAAAUUUAUUCACGAUAGUCACGAUACUGUUUCGAAAAAUGCUCAGCAAGAAGCUGACUCAAAGCUUAAAUCGUCUUUCAAUUUAGAAAUACGAUUUCCCGAAAAUUGCAAUUAUCCAGCCGAUAUGCCAUUAAUUAUGUUCAGCGCUCAACAUAAACAAUUCGAAUCUCAUGUUUGUUUACGUAUCACAAGAUACCUUUAUAAUCAUGCCGAUACUCUGAGCCAACAAGGGUCGCCUUAUUGUUACAAUUUGAUCGAUAUGUUAACUAAUAGUACCGAUAAGUUGAUUAAAUGGCUUGAUAAUGAGAGCAUUAGCCGAUUGAAUGUAAGCAGCGAUAGUUCCUUACUGGGUUCAAAAUAUACAUCGACGGUUCCUCAACAGGGAUGUUCGAAUCUACCAGAUGCACCGUGGGAGAAAAGACUUUGCUUGGAUCAAGAUUCCUUAGAAAAGUUUAACCAGAGCAGAGAUGAAGAUUUGGUGAGAAUGAUGCACGAUAAGCGACGCAACGAUAAAUACAUUCGAAUGCAAAAAUAUCGAAAAACUCUACCAGCUUGGAACGUCGGCGACAGAAUUCUAGAAACUUUGAAGCACUAUCCAGUUGUCGUGAUUGUUGGAGAAACUGGUUGCGGUAAAAGUACUCAAGUUCCUCAAUUCAUUUUGGAUGACUGGAUUUAUUCACUGCCAGAUAUAUGGAGUAAAGAUCAGCAACAUAACAGGAUAAAUAUUGUGUGUACGCAGCCUAGAAGAUUAUCUGCUAUUGGUGUUGCUGAUCGAGUCGCAGAAGAACGUGUCGAAAAAGCUGGAGAGUCUGUCGGGUAUCAGAUCCGUCUUGAAAGUCGCAGUUCUGCAAUGACACGAUUAUUAUUCUGUACUACUGGAAUUCUAUUGAAGAAAUUAGAAAGUGAUCCGGAACUGAAAGACGUUACUCAUAUCAUUGUCGAUGAAGUACACGAACGUGAUGAAGACAGCGAUUUCCUCUUAUUGAUUUUAAAAGAACUGAUGGUGCAUCGUAGAGAAUUGAAAAUUAUAUUAAUGAGCGCCACUUUGAAUGCCGAACUUUUUUCCAAGUAUUUUUAUAACGCACCAUUGAUUGAGAUCCCAGGUAAAAUGUACCCCGUAGAAGAACUAUAUUUGGAAGAUAUUUUGGAUAAAUGCUCUUACACGUUGGACGAAUACUCGAAAUAUACGCGUAAAAUUAAUAAAAGCAUGAGCAAACAGCUAGAUUCGAUAGAUUAUGAUAUUCAAUCAGCUGAUAUUCUUAAUACUUAUACGGCAUCGAGACCCAGCGCACCAGAUGAAACGCUUACAGCAAAACAGCUUUUCUUCAGAUAUAAAGAGCACACCCAUAAAGCCAAAAAAACUUUACUUCUGUUGGAUCCCGCGAAAAUUGAUCCUGAGUUGGUGAUCGAUGUUAUACAAUGGAUUGUUGAAGGGAAACACCAGUAUCCUAGAGAAGGAUCCAUUUUGGUCUUUUUACCUGGUAUAGCUGAUAUUAUCGCAAUUCAUGACGAAUUAAACAAUCAUAAGUCACUGUCGCCCAGAACCGGACGAUUUAUCAUUGUUCCGCUGCAUUCGACGAUAUCUAACGAAGAACAAUACACAGUUUUCAAGAGAACAGAUCCCGGUGUUCGUAAAAUUGUGUUGUCAACCAAUAUAGCCGAAACUUCUAUUACUAUCGAUGAUUGUGUUUUUGUGGUGGAUUGCGGAAAAAUGAAGGAAAAUAUCUUCGAUACGAAGAAAAACAUGUCUAGUCUGGAAGUACAAUGGAUAUCAAAAGCAAACGCUCGCCAACGACGUGGUCGAGCUGGUCGUGUAAUGCCCGGUCUCUGCAUCAGACUAUACACGAGCCACCGACACGAAUACCUAUUCCGAGCCCAACCAGUACCGGAAAUCCAGCGAGCUGCUUUAGACUCGAUUAUUCUUCGACUAAAAACUUUAAAACAAUUUCAAAACCGAACCCCUCAAGAUGUAUUGGCAAAUGUAAUGGAACCGCCGGAGGUAAACAAUGUGGAUACAGCUAUACAACGACUGAAAGAUAUCGGUGCUUUGGAUUCCGAAGAGGAACUUACCGCCUUAGGGCGUCAUUUAGCCGCUUUACCGGUAGACGUGAAAAUCGGCAAAUUAAUAGUGUUCGGUGCGAUAUUCUGUUGUUUGGAUUCGGUUUUAACGAUUGCCGCCGCUUUGUCGAACAAAUCACCUUUUGUGUCACCGUUCCAUGCGAGAGAUAAAGCCGAAGCUAGAAAGAAACAAUUCGCUACAUCCAAUAGCGAUCAACUGACUAUAUUGAAAGCUUACCAAGAAUGGCAUAAAGAAGCAUCGAAGCAUUAUAAAGCUGGUAAACGAUACGCUGACGAGAAUUUCCUGUCUGUGAGGACGUUGGAAAUGAUGGGAGAUCUCAAGCAUCAAUUUUUAGAGUUGUUAAUGGAUAGAGGUUUCGUUCCAAAUACUAAUAUCAGAAGACGUAAACACGAAGACAAAGUGACUAGAAUCAUACCACGACAUAUGAACGAUAACUCAGGAGAUAAAAAGUUACUAUCUGCUAUCAUAUGCGCAGCUCUAUUUCCAAAUUUGGUAAAAGUACUUACUCCUGGAAAAGUUUAUGUUCAAACUGCCGCCGGAGCCAUUCCUAAACCUUUCAAAGCCGAAGAUCUUAAAUUCAAAACGAAAGGAGAUGGAUAUGUUAAUCUUCAUCCUUCUUCUAUCAACUACAACGAAGCUGAUUUCAAGAGUCCGUAUUUAGUAUAUCAAGAAAAAAUGAAAACCAGCAAGAUUUUCAUUCACGAUAGCACAAUGGUCAGCAUAAUAUCCAUCGUGUUAUUCGCCGGUGAAAUCAAGUUGAUCGAAGACAGUACAGGAAUGUGCGUCAUCUCGAUGGAAAAUGACUGGCUCAUGUUUCCAACUAAUACGUUAAAAGAAGCUCAAAUGUUGCAGUGUAUGAGAAAGGAAUUGAAUCAUAUUCUUGAUAAAAAAAUCGAAUCACCUCAAUUGGAUCUAACCCAUGAUCCAAUUGGCCAAAAAGUCAUUUCAACCAUUGUACAUGUUAUUAAAAAUACCAUUUCGUAAUCGUAGUUUUCCACUAGUUGAUAAUUUUGUUUUCGUUUGUUUUUUUUGCGUGCGUAUUCCGUUGAAUUGCACGCAGUCGAGGUACAUUCUUUAGUGAAUUUUUUAUAAGUAUGUUUGUAAAUUUAUAAAAAUUUAUUUAUUCCUUUUUUCACAUGUUUAAAAAUAAGGCGUUAUAAAAUUACAAAAUUGUUUUAUCAUUUUCAUUUUGA